AAAAGCAGGCCGAUUGUUCCGGCUCCGACUCAACUAGUUCCGGUGGAAAGUAAUUCAAGUUUUUUUUAAAAUACACUAAUAAAAAACACAAAAUACACUCAAAAUGACAUCGAGAGCCGGAUUAUCCAUGCUUGUCUUUGGCCGCAGCUUGAGCCAAUUCAAGGCCGUGGCCAGUGCACGCAAUUCAAGCUGCUUGCGUCAGGCCACCACAGCCCUGGCCCAUGGACGCCUCUACAGCACCGAGAAGCAGCCGGAGGAGGCGGCUGCCGCUGGUGCAGAUCAAAAAGCAGUCUCCCCGGACGUUGAACGUCUUACAAAAGAGUUGGCCGACAGCAAGGAGCAGAAAGCUGAACUGAUGGACAAGUAUAAGCGCGCCCUGGCUGAGAGCGAGAACAUGCGCACGCGUCUGAACAAGCAGAUCAGUGAUGCGAAGAUUUUCGGCAUCCAGAGCUUCUGCAAGGAUCUGCUGGAGGUCGCCGACACGCUCGGCCACGCCACACAGGCAGUGCCCAAGGACAAGCUUGCUGCCAAUGCCGAUCUGAAGAGCCUUUAUGAGGGUCUCUCCAUGACGCGCGCCUCGUUGCUGCAGGUGUUCAAGCGUCACGGUCUGGAAGCUGUGGACCCAAUCAACCAGAAGUUUGAUCCCAAUCUGCACGAGGCUCUGUUCCAGAAGGAGGACAAGACCGUUGAGGCCAACACCGUGGUGGAGGUUACCAAAUUGGGCUACAAACUGCACGAGCGUUGCAUACGCCCUGCCCUAGUGGGUGUAUCGAAGUGUUGAUAGCUAGUUUUCCCACCCAUGUCCAUAUUUUGUGCAUCCCCCGCCCCCAAAGCAAGAAGCGUUUACAUACAUAGUCUCCAUUGUUUGCAAUUUGUUUUAUCCUGCAAAAUUCCUGUACGUAAAUCGCUUGAGAAUUUAGAAUUCCUCCUAGUGGCUAAGCUAAGUGAUCGAUGACUGGACUUGAUGGCUACAGAUUUUUACCACACACGUAGCCAUCGAGUGUUCCAAUUUAAGGUUUAAUUACGAUAAUAAAAACAUGUUUUAGUUGAAA